CAAAUGUUUUGAGUCAGACCUCGAACACGCGAGCAUCUUCUAAUCAUUACAUGUACGCUCCACCCCUGGCGAGGCGCGAGACGGGGAAAAACCCUCUUCUUAGGAGCCAUGAUGUCAAUGUCAAGUUGCUUGCACUGCAAAGUGCCUGGCUUUACUCCUACUGGGAGACAUCUGGCUUCUUCUUCAUCAUUCUUGUUACGUCCACAAGCAAUUUCAUAUGGAAUAGUCAGAGAUAUCAAGCCUUACAAAGAUGGUAGUAGAAGACGAGGUAUUGUAUGCAGAGGGUUACUGCCAGUGGAUCCAUGGGCACCCACCAUUGAUUCAGAGAGUAUAGCUUCGCAGCUUUUUGCUGCUUCAUUGUUUCCUUAUCUUGGUUUCUUGUACUACAUCACUAAAUCCAAGACCGCUCCUAACCUAACCCUCUUCGGCUUCUACUUCUUGCUUGCUUUCGUGGGUGCCACAAUUCCAGCUGGAAUUUAUGCUAAGGUGCAAUAUGGUACUUCUUUGUCUAAUGUGGACUGGCUACAUGGUGGGGCUGAGUUGCUUCUCACAUUAACCAACUUAUUCAUUGUGUUGGGUUUGAGACAAGCUCUUCGGCGAGCUAGAGAUUCUAAACAAAGCACAUCAGAUACUGUUUCACAGACUAAAGGCCAAAAGAAGCCUUCCAUCUAGGCAGAGAGCAUAUGGGGGUGAAUUUUCCACAACCUGUUGAAUUUCACAUGUUCUCAUGUUCAGUUGUAUGCUUCAGUGAGAGCUAUAUUACUUGUAUUUUCUGCAGUUACUCUCUCCGUUGAAUUUCACAUUUUAUGUUCAAUUUUAUGCUUAAUGGCAGCUAGAUUACAUGCAUUUUCUGCAGUUA